GAGAAUUUUGACAGGAUGAUCACUAUUUUCCCCAUCUAAAUUACACUUUUCUCUUAUACCAGAAUGGCGCAAAUACGCCAGACAAUAGAGCUGCUGUGCAAAGUGUUGUCUGAUAGUGGAACAUCACUCUUAAAGGCUGAAACAUUUCGAUUAGCAAAGUUUAGCCACGAUGAUGCUGUUGUACCUUUCUGGAGUGUUCUCUUUGAGGUGCUCUAUUUUUGCAAGUAUGGAGCCCUGGAUGAUGUCCCCAGAAAAGCUCUCGCGGAACUCUCAAAGACUGAGAUUGUGGUUUAUGUAAAACGAGAAAUGCAACGAUAUGGAUUUGUUUCCAAGGAUUUUGCGACACUACAGAAUGACAUGAGUAGUGGAAGCCGGGAGCUGUUACUGGCGCUAGGGUGGCUCAUGUGCAAGGAGAACGUCAUUGACAAAUUCAUGAAGAACCGUGGUCUUGAGAUUGGUGAAGAUACGUUUCUUUUGCACCAGUCUGAGUUUGUGCAAGGACAAGGGGAUGGAGACAAACCCUCAAACACGAUGCAGCCCCCUAAAGGCUGUGACCCUCCAGGGAAGAUCAAGUAUCUCCUGUGGCUGAAUGGCAAACUCAGGAUGAAGAUGAGGGAGCUGCUGGCACUGCAAGUUGAAAAGAACAAACUCUUCCAUAAGGUGCAUGAGGCUACUGAAGGAAUCUCAUCAACACCGGACAGGGACCAUCUCUCCAUGCUUGAAGUGUACCUGCUGCGCCAUCCAGAAGCUCUCAAGAAGAUGAUGGGACUGCUGGAAGACGAUAAUGAUCGGUUGAGCAGGCUGCUGCAAUGGAAGGAGCAAGAAGAUGUCUUUUGGCAGUGGAUGGAAAGUGUGCUUGACUCCAAGCUGAAUGACCACGCCCUUCCACAGGAUGAAGAAGUAAGCUCAGGCAUCGAGAGUGAUGGUGACCUGCCACCUUACAGUAUCCCCAUUGAAAGUGUUCAUUCAUUAGCAACAGAGCAUAACAGGCUGCAGGGUGUCAUACUCAAGUAUGAAGGAAUCGUUGAAAAUCUGGAGACGCUUGUUGAAUUGAAGAGCUCUGAAAUCACACCACAGGAGCUGGAUAGCCUCAUCGAAUCGAUUGACCUUGAGAUCUCGAUUCAGAAGUCGAACAUCUCCAAAAUGAAUCUCAAUCAUCAUAUGCAACAAAACCAAGCACCCGUUAUGUCGUACGUGAAAAAAUCUCAGAACAAACCCACCGCCAAUUUAGGGUAUGCUUCCCAGUCAUUUCAGAACAAUAACACCCAAGGAAAUCGCUUGUCACAACCCUCAAAAGCAUUGUCACCAGGCCGGCCCAAUUUGGCUGAAAAUUUGCGUGAUAUUGGAGAAGAGGUGUAUGGAUUACAGGAAAUGAUAGACAAACUGCAAUUCGAAAUCGACAAUAAGCAGACCGAGUUCCGAUCUGAUAUGCAGCACAUCAGCGAGAGGUUUAACGAUGUCAUAUGCAUUCCACCAAUGGGAAAGAAAAACAUUUAGACAUGUGUGAUCUGAGAUUAGAAACAAGCUGCCAUUUGUUAUGAAGUGAACGUUUGAUAAGGGAUUUUAAGCAUCUGAUGUGUUCAGUUAAGGCUUUUAGGUUAGGUCAGCAAAUGAUCUUUCUUGGGAGUUAUUGGUUAAUGAAUGGAUAUCUGACCCACAAGCCACACUUUACCAUGGUUUGGAUACAGUGAUAGCGUUAGAGCAUAGGAACAAAGGAGUUGGCACUUGUUUGAGUUGUGUACUUUGCCCUUGAGUCACUGGUCAAGGUUAUUAUUGAAAUCAUUUCUUUGGGAACUUUAUUUAGUAUUGAGUCAUAAACUGUAAAUACAAGUUUGCUUGCAUUGGCCUAAUGAAGCAGUGUGUCACAGUUAUUUGUACAUGUACAUUGUAUAUCUCCUUGUGUUGACCAUUUUGUAAUGGUAACGUUAUAAUCAUUACUGUAUUGAGCCUGCAUACCAAAAUCGUGGGAAACAUCAUUAAUGUUCAUUACUAAAUUGUAGCAAUUAUGCACAAUGAGUCACCUGCAAAUGCUUGUAAUGGUAUCUGUUAGUCGAAUACUCCUGACAGGCUAUGUGUUCUUGACAAGUUUGUAUCCAAGAACUACCAGUUUGGCUUUAUGUCAACCAUGUAGGUAGAAGUUAAACAAAUGCAACAAGCUCCUAUUUCCUGCUUUUUGAUUUGUUCGUUGAUGUGAAUAGAGUUGUUCUUUAUUAAAUAUCUCAUAUUUCC